AUGGACGCCUGGUUGCUGGCGCUGCUGUUGGCCGCGGGCGUGGCGGACGCCGUGAUGCCCUUCUUCGGCUCGGUGACCUUCAUACCGGCGAUCAAGGCCAUCAUCCCGACGGGGACGCCGAUCGUGGGCUCCAACGUGGGCAUGGCCUUCCCGUUCGAGGUGACCAUCCCGGACCCGGGCAUGUUCAUGAGUCGGAUGCGAAAUGCGGAGCCAGGCCAGGACCGCUGGAUGCUGUACCGGGGCGUCGCCUGGUUCCUCGACCGGCUCGGCGUCGACGGCGAGGCCUGCGUCAAGAGGUCGCUCUGCGAGGUCGCCUCCGCGCCCAGGACGCCCGGACUCGUCGGGGACGUGGUACACGCGCUCUUCACGAUUCCUCGAGGCCAGGCGAACUCGACGCAGCUGAGCUCGUACUACAGGGCGUCGAAGCAGGGCAGGACCCUGGGCCAGUGCGACCUCGCCUACGCUGGCUGCCCCAUGUCGCUCCACGAGCUGCCCGACCUCGCCAACGUCAGGUGGCUGUGAACGACCUCCGAGACUUCCCCCGUGACACUGCGUCGUAUCCCAGUGCAGCGAUUCUGGCUCCGAUCAACGGAAUUGCGUGGAAAGGACACAUCCUAGAAGCUUCAGCGGGCAUACUUGGGAUAGGGAUCGCUUUGGGUAACCCAAGCAGCUUCGGGCGUCGCAUUGCGCAUGCUCGGUGCGACGCCCCAGGCUUCUCGCGGUACCCGAAGAGUUGGUGUCCCCUAUUUUAAGACACAUCAGUGCCGGCCUACGUUUUGCUAAG